GCAUACGUUGCAUGGUACAAAUCAUACAAGCAAAGAAAUUUCAUUUUAAGUUUAGUCAAUCGUUGGCGGACGCAGCAGCCCUAAUUCCAAUUAGAUAUAUGGAAAUCAAAGAUAAGCAGAAGCUACAGAUUUGCAAACUUUACACUAACUUGGAAGAAUGACAACAGUGCAUACGUUUUUGUGGCUAUAUCUGAUUAGCGUCGCUUUAAUAUCACGCAGUGCGCUUGCCUAUGAUCCGAAUGAUACCAAAAUCGCCUCAGUUAUUCCUCCCGAAGGAUAUUUCGAGGCAUUUUAUCCAAGGGAAAUGGAUGGCGUUCCGAACAGUGCUUCUCGUCCAGCACAUGCUCAUGGCAGCUUUUUCAAACAUCGCAAUCCUGCACUGGUAGAUACAAAGAAUGCAGCAGCAUAUGGAUAUCGAUUUGAUGGUAAACGCCGUUUUAAUCUAAAGUGAUUCAAAAAUCGCAUUGACAUUAUAUUGGAAUCAAAAAAAAAAAAACAUUCGUAAGGGCAUUGAAAUUAAAAAAAAGAAAUAUUAAAGUAACUUUCCAUUUGAUAAUGCCGUAUUGAACGGG